AUGGCAACAAAUCAACGAAAUAUACCAGAAUUUAAACUAGUUUUAGUGGGUGAUGGUGGUGUUGGUAAAACAACAUUUGUUAAACGACAUUUAACAGGUGAAUUUGAAAAGAAAUAUGAAGCUACUGUUGGUGUUAAUGUUCAUCCAUUAAAUUUCUCUACCAACUAUGGAGAAAUUAUAUUUAGUGUAUGGGAUACAGCAGGUCAAGAAAAAUUCGGUGGCUUACGUGAUGGAUAUUAUAUUGGUGGACAUUGUGGUAUUAUUAUGUUUGAUCUUACAUCACGUAUAACUUAUCGAAAUGUUCCUAAUUGGCAUAAAGAUUUAGUUCGUGUUUGUGAAAAUAUUCCAAUUGUUUUAUGUGGAAAUAAGAUCGAUGUUAAAGAUCGAAAACUGAAAGCUAAAUCAAUAACAUUUCAUCGAAAAACUAAUAUGCAAUAUUAUGAUAUUAGUGCUCGAUCAAAUUAUAAUUUUGAAAAACCAUUUCUUUGGUUAGCAAAAAAAUUAAGUGGACAAGAAAAUCUUCAAUUUGUUUGUAUGCCAACAAUAGCACCACCUGACAUUCAUUUUACUAAAGAAAUGCUUUUGGCAUAUGAAAAAGAACUUGAAACUAUAGCUACUGCACCACUACCAGACGACGACGAUGACUUAUAA